AUGAAAUGUCCAAGAUUUGGUUAUCCUUCUGGUAGAUCACCGCAAAAUCCACUAAAAGUUCCUAUAGUAGAAAAGAAAUUCAAUGAUGUGAAAUUAAAGUAUAGAUUAAAUGAAAAAAAUACUAGUUCAUCAUCUGGGAUUUGCCUGUCUGAAAUGACAUUACUUCUUGGAUGUUUCAAAGCGAAUGAAAUUAAAAAUUUUCAACAUUGUUUCGAUGUAACUAAAGGUCUUUUAAAAUCGAAUGAUGAAGGGAAAAAAAAAAGAAUAUCUUAUUCUGAUAUAAAUAAACUCUUUAAAAGAUUUUCAUAG